GCCCAAAAAAUUUCUAACCACUUUCUCUAUUUAUUCACUUUUGCGUCGAUUUUCAUUCUAUUUAAAGUUCCAAAAAUAGCUUUUUUUCAUUGAAAUUUCAUCAAAACAUUUCACCUCACUAGUUGAACGCAGAGAAUUUCUGACUUUGAAGAAUGGAUUUUGGGGAGAAACCAUCACGUAGAUCCUUGAUCCCGAGCUUCCUCUACACUCGGCCGUCGAAAUCGGUGUAUUUUGAGCAGAGGAAUCCGUCGUCGUCAGGGUUCAUGAUUCCGGCCCCAGCGGAGGCCAGAAUAGAGAUGUUCUCGCCGGCGUAUUACGCAGCUUGCACGACCGGCGGCAUGUUGUGUUGCGGCCUCACUCACGCCGCCGUCACUCCUAUUGAUGUUGUCAAGUGCAACAUGCAGAUUGAUCCUGCAAAGUACAAGAGCAUUGGCUCUGCUUUCGGAAUCGUGUCGAAGGAGCAGGGGCUGAAGGGCUUCUAUAGAGGUUGGGUGCCGACCUUGCUUGGCUACAGUGCUCAAGGGGCUUUCAAAUAUGGGCUCUACGAAUAUUUCAAGAAGUACUACUCGGACGUGGCUGGACCCGAGCACGCGGCCAAGUACAAGACCCUCAUCUACCUGGCAGGGUCCGCGUCAGCUGAGUUCAUCGCGGACAUUGCCCUCUGCCCCCUCGAGGCAGUCAAGGUCCGCGUCCAAACCCAGCCCGGCUUUGCCAGAGGCCUGGCUGAUGGACUUCCUAAGCUUGUCCGGGCUGAGGGAAUAUCAGGGCUUUAUAGAGGGAUUGUUCCACUAUGGGGGAGGCAGAUUCCAUAUACAAUGAUGAAGUUUGCUACUUUUGAGAAUACUGUGGAGGCCAUAUACAAGUAUGCCAUUCCUGUCCCAAAAGCGGAGUGCAGCAGCGCGUUGCAGCUUGGUGUGAGCUUCUCCGGUGGCUACAUAGCCGGGGUAUUCUGCGCUGCUAUCUCACACCCUGCGGAUAACUUGGUCUCCUUCCUCAACAAUGCCAAGGGUGCAACGGUAGCUGAUGCUGUGAGCAAGCUAGGGUUGUGGGGCUUGUGCACUCGGGGCCUCCCUCUUCGUAUCGUGAUGAUUGGGACUCUCACGGGAGCACAAUGGGUGAUCUAUGAUGCUUGCAAGGUCUAUUUUGGGCUGCCUACUACUGGCGGUGGAAGCCAUGAUCCUGCACCAAAAUGAACACAAAUAUGAAGUGAUGAGAUAAGUGGUGAUUUUUGAUGGUUGAGUGUGAUUGCAAUACGUAUAAUUUGAUCAGUCAUUUUGCUUGACUCAUGUACUCAAUUCUUUUUGGGGGUGUUUUUGGUGCAUAUCUGUAUUAGCUUUAGCUUUCUACUGAUACUCACGGAAUAAUAUCUGCCAUAUUUAAUACAGUAGUAUUCAUUUGCAUUUA